CGACGGUGCAGAUCAAUAGUAUACUACAAACCCAAGAACUCACUCUCUUUCCGUUGUUAACCCAUGACCUCACCCUUCCCCUAAUCUAACCUGCAAGUACGACUAUUAAUCUCGGCCAUGUUGCACCGGGCCUUCUAAAAUUCGGUUCCCCUGCACUGCCACAGCCAUUGCCACGCCAAUUCUUUUUCCUCGGCCCGCGCGCCGCCCGCGUGCCCGCCCGGGAUGCUCUCCUCCAUGCCGAGAUCCGGGUCCUUCGAGGCGGGGCUCAGGGCGUCUUCGUCCGUUACACUCUCCUCCCCCUCCAAGCCGUCCCCUCGGUUCCACCGGAGCCGCUCCACCGCCGGCAGCUCCAAGGCGCCCCCCUCCCCGGAGAAACGUCGCGGCGUCACCGGCGGCGGAGGCACGAUGCCGACGCCGACGCCGGCGCAGCAGCGGGUGGCGCAGCUGGAGGAAGAGCUCAAGAAGGAGCGGGGUGAGAAUUAUCGGGUGGUGCAGCUCGAGGAGGAGCUGAGGACGGAGCGGGAGGACAAGGCGCGGGCGGUGCGGGAGCUCGACGAGCUUAUGAGGAAGGACGACGGGAGGGGCGGCGCCGAGAAGGUGCAGCUUCUGGAGCGGGAGGUGGAGAGGGCCAAGGAGUCGGAGCGCAAGAUGCUCGAGUCGCUCAUAUACCAGACCAAGCAGCUGGAGCAGACCAAGAUCAGCCUGGAGGAGGCCAAGCUGGAGAUGGCCACGCUGCAGCAGAGCAACCGGAGCCUCGAGGCCCGGCGCGGCGUCAUGGACCAGCGGAGCGUCAAGGACCUCAUGUUCGGCGGCGCCGACGAGGAGAUCAGGGCCCUGCGCGCCGACCUCCGGGCGGCCAUGCAGGGGGAGGAGAGGAGCCGGAAGGCGCUGGACGACCUGUCCCUCGCGCUCUCCGACGUCACCAUGGAGGCCAAGCAGGUCAAGCGCUGGCUCUCCGACACGCAGGCGGAGCUGGAGGCCGCCAAUGCCGAGGCCGCGCGGCUGCGCGGGGAGCUCGCCGCCGCCGAGACGCGGCUGCGGGAGCAGCACCGGUGCAGGCUCGAGGCCGAGGAGUCGGCGGCCGCGUGGGGCGACAAGGAGCGCGUCUUCCUCGAGUGCGUGCGCGCCGCCGAGGAGGAGGUGAACCUGGCCCGGCAGGAGAACACCAAGCUGGUGGAGUCGCAGCGCGUGAUCCGCGACGAGAACGCCCGCCUCCGCGACAUCCUCAAGCAGGCCGUCGGCGAGGCCAACGUCGUCAAGGAGUCGCUGGAGCUCGCCCGGGUCGAGAACGCGCGGCUCAACGACGUCGUCGCCGAGAAGGAGGGCGCGCUGCAGAGCCUCCGGCAGGAGCACGAGUGCAUCAAGGUCAGCGAGGCCGCCGCGCAGGGCAGCCUCAAGGAGCUCAACAGCCUGCUCGCCGCCACGACGACGACGGCGUGCAGCACUCCCGUGUCCUCGGCCACGACCGCGCCCGUGGCGCCGGAGUGCGGCUUUGACCAGCGGCACCUGCCCAACGGGCGGCUCGUCGCCAGCGCCAAGGGGACGCCGGAGACGGGGUCGCGGCGCUGGAUGGCGGAGAAGCCCAGGACGCCGAGCGGGCGGAGCUACUCGAUCGGCGAGCCGGCCAAGUUCAAAGGCGUGGGCUACUCGCAGUCGGCGAGGAUGGGGAGCCUGAACCCCAAGGACCGGAUGUUCGCGUCGCUCAGCAACAUGGCCGACCUCAAGUCCGCGGCGGCGGACGCGGCCAUGGACGACUACGACGACGACGAGUUCGACCACAUCGACGAGAGCCACUACGUGGGCAUGGAGCACUCCAUGAACGGCAAGAAGAAGCGGCCGAUCCUUCGCAAGUUCGGGGAUCUCUUCAGGAGGAAAAGCUUCUACAAGGCGAAUUUGGCGCCAGUGCACACUUGAAUUUGAUCGCCCCAUGUAAUGUAAUGCACGUAGUAGUUUUGAUUUGUUCAUCUAAAUACUUACACGACCAAUGAGAUAUUCUUGCAUCUAUGUAACUGUUUCCUUCUUUUUGCGCUGAAAAAUUUGGAAUGGUUUGUAGAGUC